CAUAGACUUAGAACAACAAUGAACAACAAGUUAUAUAUCUAUGGAAUGGAAUGUUGUAUGUUUCAUCACCUGUUGUAAUGACAAAUUUUUAUUUUGCACAUGCAAAAUAAAGUUCUUCCUUAAGUCCGACGCACGGUACCUCUCGGAAAUUCAAAGAAAAUGAGCUGCAAAAGCUGGUUUACAACACAAGAUGCCCUGCAGGACUUGAAUUGGGUUGCCGGGGGAUAUGUGCCUGUAGAUUUCAACGAAGACGAAGAAGUGUUUGGGUACCAGGUGCCUCCUCGCAGAUACAUGAAUUUUGAUCAUGAAACGGAUGAGCAGUUGGAACGUCUCUCUGGAGGUUACAGGGCGAUUGUGGAUGACAGUGCUGGGGCACCAGACUUGGCCGGUAUCAAGCAUAUGUUACGACUGGUUGAAGACAGCGAAGAAGAAGUAGAAGACGAAGUACCAGUACAAGAACCAGAACCAGAACCAGCCACCUCUACUAAUGUCGUGAUUAUAAGCAAACUGAACCCUGAAGUCAAAGAAUUUGUCCCCAAAUCUGGUGCAGAUGAUGGAAAAAGUCUGAAGAAAGAAGAAAAUGUUAAUGACAAGACUGAAAUAUUAAAUACUGAAGAAAAACAGGAAAACAAGGUAGAAGUGGAGACUGACGAACAAGAGGAGACUGAGGUAAAAGAGGAGACUGAGGUAAAAGAGAAGACUGAGGUAAAAGAGAAGACUGACGAACAUGAGGAGAUUGUGUUAGAAGAGGUACCUCGUGUACCUCCUCCUGUACCUCCUGUGGUACAAGAGGGAGAUGAGAUUGGUGAUCCUCUAAGCACGAGACGUGUAGACACAAACAGACUCACAGACUCAGAAAUACAACAAAUGAGAACUGUGCUGCAGAGAAAAAUAAACGACAAUUGGGAAGCUACUUGUAUGAGGAAUAAAUGUAGACGAAAUGUAGCAAUAGUGACACUCCUCAAGUUACAUUGUAAAUCACCAAGUUCCACUCCAGUAGGACAGGAACCUAAUUCAAUACCACCGUCUUUAACUCCAGUGGAACAGGCACCUAAUUCAAUACCACCGUCUUUAACUCCAGUGGAACAGCCACCUAAUUCAAUACCACCGUCUUUAACUCCAGUGGAACAGGCACCUAAUUCAAUACCACCGUCUUUAACUCCAGUGGAACAGCCACCUAAUUCAAUACCACCGUCUUUAACUCCAGUGGAACAGCCACCUAAUUUAAUACCACCAUCUUUAACUCCAGUGAUACAGGCACCUAAUUUAAUACCACCUUCUUUAACUCCAGUCGAGCAGCCACCUAAUUUAUUACCACCACCUUGCACUCCAGUGGAACAGGGACCUAAGUUCGUACGAACAUCUUACACUCCAGGGGAACAGAAACCUAAUUCGAUACCACCGUCUUGCAGUCCAGUGGAACAGGGACCUAAGUUCAUACAAGCAUCGUACACUCCAGUGGAACAGGGGCCCAAGUUCAUACCAUCAACUUACACUCUAGUGGGCCAAGGACCUAAUUUAAUACCACCGUCUUAUUUUAAAACAGUUCAGAAAUGGCUUAACAAUUCAGAGUAUGACACUGAAGUGCUUAAAGAGUUCCCCAAUCCAGAAUUGUGUGAAACUAUUGUAGAUGACGGACAUACUUCAGAAUUAUGUAAUACUAAAGAAUCUCCCAAAGAACCAAAUAUAACAGUUGAUAAAAUACCUGAAAAGCUCUGUAAAACAAAUGGUUAUGUUAAACCAAUAAAAAAGCGAAAACUUCUCACUUUAGAAGAUCUUCAAUAUAAACCAAAAGAGGGCACAAGCAAACCCACAUCUCCAAACACCACCAAGUUGGACACUAAAAUAUCUAAACCGUGUUCCAAUUAUGUACCAUCCGAGUACAGCAGACAAUUGACCGCAAAAUAUGAAAAAAAUAGACAAUUACAGGAAAGUAACCAAGCGGACUAUAAAUUUACCGUUUGGUCUUUAGUUGACAAAAAGUUACAAGAAAAAGAUGAGGAAAACAGACGUAAUAAAGCCUGUGAUGCUGAAAAGAAAUCCAAAGAAUCGGUUGAGGAACCUUCAGAAGUUAAGCGUGCCUAGGAGAUUACUCUACGCUCCGGUUUCAGGGUAAUGUUGACAGUUUUUGUCAUGUCUAACGCCAGUUUUCAAUAACCUACCCAAGAUAGCUAUCCUCGAUUAACAGUAACAGUCAAAACUAUCUUUACAUAGUUAAACUAUCUUUUUUUUUUAUUCAUGACAAGUUAGCCCUUGACUACAAUCUCACCUGAUGGUAAGUGAUGAUGCAAUCUAAGAUGGAAACUUGUUAAGAGGAAGUUGAAAAUCCACCCCCCUUUCGGUUUCUACACGACAUCGUACCGGAACGCUAAAUCGCUUGGCGAUACGUUUUUGUCGGUAGGUUGGUAACUAGCCACGGCCGAAGCCUCCCACCAGCUAAAAAUCUGUCAGUAGGUUAUUCAAAAGCAGAUAAGAAGAGAAAUAUAGAUUUCCUUAACUUUAGUAAGCGAAAUGGCGGAUAGAUAGGUUAUUGAAAACGGCCGUAAGUAGCGUUGCUUUUUCAGUUCGUAUAUAUUUUUUUAUACAGCAAUAUUAUAAAUCGAUCUUCAUAUCGUUAUUCAUAAUGAACUUCCUCAAUGUAGCCUGCUAUUAUUCGAUAAGUAAAAAAAAAUACCAGCUAUAAAAAUAUAUUUUUAUGCAUUUAGAGUUGGUCAAAUCAGAACCCUAUUUAGACCAGGCGCUGUGAGGAAUUGAGUGUGCAAAUUUGUGGACCACAUUCUGUUUACAGUUUUGAAUGUGUUUAAUAAAGUUUAUGCAUUUCAAGUUACACUUUUAAAAAUUGGCACCUGAUUGUAUUCUUUUAUUUGUGGUUCUGUCUAUAGUCAAGCAAGUGCGUUGAUACCACUCCCAUGAUGUGCGGGCGUCGAGGGGAAAGAUUGCGCGGGUGUAAAAUCGUGCGUACGGGGAAGUGGGGUGCAUCCGUCGUGGGUUUUUUAUUCAUCGCUACUCGCCCCCCCGGACCGCGCGACCCAUCGGGAGUGUUACGAACAAAGUUGCCAAGCUAUACAAUCUGUGACUGGACUGGCCAGUGCCCACAGAUGUUUUUUACUAUAGCUUGGCAAAUUCGUUCGUAACACUCCCGACGGUCCGCGGGCGCCGGGAGGCGGUUAGCGAUGACAGCAAAAAGUUGACCGUUACACAUAAAUUAUCACAUAGGAUCUUGAACAUGUUAGCAAGCAAGACUGACUCGCCGAUCCUGCAGAAAUUUAUUUCUGUUUUGGUGCGGUGAGAUAGUUUUUAUUUUCUUAAUUGUAAUUUGUGUACCUAGUAACAUAAUUUUUAAGUUUGUAACUAACCAAUGGGCCUUUGUAGCCAUAAAUUAUAUUAUUAUUAUAUAUAAAUUAUUACGCGCACGAUUUCACACCCGCGAAGUCCUUCGUCCCCGUCGCCCGCAUACCAUGGAAGUGUUAUCAAGGACCUUGCCAAGCUAUAUACCGAUUGAUUGAUUGAUUGAUUGAUUGAUGAUACUGUAUCGCGGUUGAUAUUAUUUUUAAGCAAGUGGAAGUUCAUUUUGAACAAAAUGGCCAUGAAUUUUGUACCUUGUACAUAUAAAAUAAGGACAACUUGCACAAUCUGACUCGAUUUGUGGAAAAAUGGCAUUCAAUAGCAUAAAUAGAUACUAGAUUUAAGUUAUUACGACAAAUCCCAUGUUUAUUUUUUAUGUAUGUAUUUAUUUUUAUCGUGGGAGUAAUAAAUUACAGCCCCCCUAGCCAAGAUGCACGUCGAUUCUCUUCCUACGAUCGCUAACGCUUCGAAAACUAGAAAGAUGUAUGGGAAUGACAUUUGCUGUCGACAGGUCACGUGAUCAAUAUCUGUCAUUCCCAUACAUUUUUCUAGUUUUCGAAGCGUUCGCGAUCGUAGGAAGAGAAUCGACGUGCCACAUGGCUAGGGGUCAAUAAAAAAUCCGAUGCUAAUGCGAGAAACAAAAGAUAUUGCAAAAAAAAUUAUAUAUGAUCGAAUUGAGAAACUUCCUUGUUUUUUUGAAGUUGGUUAGCAAAAACUUUAAUUUAAUGAAUUGAAUUAUUCCAGCAACUAUUAUUUGAAGGUCGCGGGUUCGAUUCCCACGACUGGAAUGUAUAUACAUAUUAAUAAUACCCACAAAACUGCGACUUGGAAACUAAAGCACUUGUUCUAUGUAUAGUACCACUAUUUUAUACAGUGUGUUUUAAAAAUACCGUCCGAUCCAAAAUGUGCGUGUAAGCAUUAUAAUAUUACUAGCGGACGCCUUUUCUGAAUUUUCUUUGCUAUAAACCUCACGGAGCCCGAGACCUUUCCAACGAAUACAAAACCGUGGAAAUCGGUUCGUGCGUUUUGGAGUUAUAGCGUCAGGAAGGAAAACCCGACUUAUUUUUAUAUAGUAAGAUAAACAGAAAAAAUAUAAAAAAAAAUAUUAUUCAAUAAUUAAGCAUUAUUAUCGUGAUAAUAAAGUUUCUAAUUUUAAACAUGAAUUGUCCCAAAACUUAGAAAAUUUAAAAAGUGACAACACUGUACUAUCAAUUAUGGUACGUAUAUCUAUAGUCAGAUCGGGUAGGUAUUUUAAACAAUGUAAAUAAACAAAAACAUAUGAUUCAGGGAUGCUCAACAUUUUACUAAAGCAUUAUUCACGAAUAUUGUCAUGAAAUAAAACUUCCUUUGAUAGACAAUUUUUUUUAUAUUUUAUGUUCCUAUAAACUGUUAUUUAUCGAACAGAUAAUGUUUCACUUAUAUUUAGGGUUCCGUGGUCAAUAAAGAACCCUUAUAGUUUUGUUUUUUUAUUAUGUAUAAGCAAGCACCGCUUAGCUGUACGCUAGAUUGUAAGCUAUGAGGCAGCCUUUGGUAGAACGCGCUUGCCUAGAAGAUGCCUAUUCACUCUUGACUUGAAGAUACCCAUACCCAUGUCCGUCUGUCCUUCUAUCUGUAACUCAAUUACUAAUAGAAAACUGUAGCUUGACUAUGAAAAUUAUGUACGCCAUUAUAGGCGUAAAUUAAAAACUUGACAAGUAGUUUUUACUCGUUUUCUCGUAGUGUAGGUUAUUGUUAGAUAUACGUUUUUAUGUAGAAUUUGAUGAGUUUGUUAAGACACUACAAUUGUUUCAAUUUAGGCCUCUAUUUGUAAAAUAUUAAGAUUUAAAGUGCUAAUUUAAUUUCGUACUAAACUAAAUAAAAUUAAAAACAGUAAACGAACAACAAAUAACAAUAAUAAACAAUAACAACGAAACGAGAACAAAACAAAAUAACAAAAAUUAUAAGGGAAGAAAAUACGCACAACAAACUGGAUUUAGUUAACGAAUACUGCACAGAUCACUAUAGACUGAAUACUGUGAAGUAGGAGUAUUAGUCACAGACAAAAAUAAAGUAGUGAUCUGUGCUGUGAAGUGUGAACUGUCAAAUCUCAAAUCUUCUUUCACUUAAUACAAAAUCAAAAAAUUAAUCAUAGUUUAAGGUAAUUCUGCAAUAAAUGAAAAUAUUUUAUUCACAUUAUAAUAAAAGAAAACAUCAUUUGAAUUACAACUUCUUUCUUCUUUUGAUAUGAUAAUACGAUAAUACGAUCUAUAAAAUUAAUUAUAGCUCUUAUUUAAUUUUAUAAAUGCAUAUUUAUACCCAUAAAACUCAAUCUUUGUUUUUCAAAAUGGUUUGUGACUCAUGUCUGCUUGGGGUAUUUAAGGUUCUUUUUAUGUCGUUUGUGUUGUAUUUCUGCAAACUCUAUUUAAUUAACAUAGAGGAAUUAGACAUGGAAAUGCAUCGCACCCAAAUGCAGCAACAAAAUUGUCUGUAGUUUUUAGAGGGGGACGAGGUAAACUCACACAUCGAAAAAAAUUAACAAGAAUAAAUAAUAAUUAUAAUCUGUACACAGAAUAUUCAAUUAAUGGAUCAAUGUUUUGCUGUUCGUUCGUUCGUUCGUUAGAAGAAUAGAAUCGAUUUUUCUUUUAUAUAUUGUUUUAAUUUAUUAUUAAUUAUAAUUAUGUUUUUGACGACCUCCGUGGCGCAGUGGUAUGCGCGGUGGAUUUACAAGACGGAGGUCCUGGGUUGGAUUCCCGGCUGGGCCGAUUGAGGUUUUCUUAAUUGGUUCAGGUCUGGCUUGUAGAAGGCUUCGACCGCUAAGGCGUACCGACAAGCGAUUUAGCGUUCCGGUACGAUGUCGUGUAGAAACUGAAAGGGGUGUGGAUUUUCAUCCUCCUCCUAAAAAGUUAGCCCGCUUCGAUCUUAGAUUGCAUCAUCAGUUACUGACUGAACAUCAGUUACUGAGUGAGACUGAAAUCAAGGGCUACCAUGUAAAGAAUAACAAACAUAAAAUAGAAAUAUUUUCAAAUUAAACGUCACGUCAUCUUUUAGUGAAUUAGAAGUUGUUGACCGUUUUUCAUGCCAUUGACUGACUGACUACUUACUACACAAACCGGAAUUAUUAGGGAGCUUUUUAGACGACGAAAACGAUUACAACAAUGAAACAUCGAUACAAUCGAUAACGCGUUAAAUCGUUGGUUGUUUGACAGAGAGGUAACGUCUUGCGGGGCAGGUCUUUCUAUAAUUGGUCCAUGAUAAUUAAUUUGUUGUAUGUGAAUCCGGACUCAAAAGGGCUAGAACCCAGAGCCGUAAAGCUUAUUAUUAAAAAUAAAAUGUACGUGAAUCGAAACGAAAAGUGUCGCUUAAAAGAACCUUUUUGAGUAGUAUUAUUGUUGUGUAAAAAACCUAAAGUUGUGGACUAUAGAUUAUUACCUCCUACCUACACACCUGUGGCACAAAAGUCGGCAAAAUUGAAAGCCUUUUGACAAUGCCGCGCCGCAUAUCGUAAAGGGUAGGUAGUAGGUACCAUCGUUUUCGGCGCCCACUGUCUUUGAAACGCCGCGCCGCCGCUGACACGUGUGAUGUCUGUAAUGCCGUGUUUAGUUUGCUUGCGCCACUCGCCCAAAAUACAGACUUAAAUUAGUAGUAGUAGAUCUAUUUGCGACAGAGCUAUUACUGUGUUCCAGAGUAAAAGGGAUAGUUUCUGGUGUAAUGUAUGUUCAAGGAGUGGAAAAUGUGGAAAAUGAUCCACUAACCAUUAAUUCAUCUGCCAUCGUCCAUCUGCGUAAAUUAACUUUUCGUGUUUACACACAUCACAACACGCCAGUUAUGCAAGCAAGCAUGCAUGCUUGUACAAAGCACAAGAUGAUAAAGCACCUUGACAAACCCAUAACCUUGUUGUGUGUACUUGUGUGUUUACUUGCCCAUUCAAUACCGCUUUGAAUAGAAACGUGUAAACGCAGCACAAAACAUAGAUGGCGGCGUUUCUAUUUUGUAGUAAUGCCUACUAAUAAUUAACCUGUCUCAACUUUUGUGUUGCCAUGUAAGUUUUUAUAAUUUUGCAUUUUUUUAUGUAAAUUUCGUGCAGGGAAAAAAAUGUAUUUCUUUAAAAAUAAGGACUGCAUAAAAAUAAUGUUUACACGAUACCUAAGUACACCCUUAAGAGCCGGACGGUAUUUCCUAUAACACACUGUAUAAUUAUAUUUUUUUUAAAGCAAGCUUAUAGAAAAGUUGUUUAAUAGUGUUAAUGAUAAUAUAAUGUAUUGAAAAAUACCUUUUCACUACUCUUGCUCAAAAACACUGUCAUAUUACCACUCCACAGCGGGGCUAAACAAGCAUAUGAGCCUCUAGGGGCUAAAGUAAUUUUGUUUUUUAAAUCUUGUCUGUUACGAGUACUAGCUAAGUACUAGCCUACUAACUAACGGAGGAGGUUUUAUUCGAAAAUAGAAUCAUUAUAGGUAAGGCACUGAUUGUUUUGAAAAAUAAAUAAAAAACUUUAAAUUGGAAUGAAAUGCAGCGUUCUUGUCUGUGGAAUGCGUUUAUUUUUUUAUUGAGUUGCGAAUAGAACGAGAUUUGAAGACAUGGGACAUCCUUUACGGUGUAAUACCUUUGCCUCUUUCUCAUGUGAAAAAAAUAAAAUUAAAAAGCGAGAAUUUAAAAAACAAUUGGCGUGAAUAAUACACACUUGAUUUUUUUCAGAAAUUCAUUGUCAAUUUGUGACCGUAACUUACAUAUUUUUUAACAAUAAUUGUUAUUGUUGUCUUCAUCUAGUGAGAAUAGUGAUCCUAAUUUGGAGAUGGAUGAAAUUUUCAAUCUGUUACCAUCAAAGUCGAGACGCAUUUACUUAAAUAGGUACUUACCUACGAAAAAUUUUAUAAGUGGAGAAAACAACAACGAAUGGAUUCACUUACGAAAGGAGUUUUUUUAAACUAUUAUCUCUCACGUUUACCUCAUAUAUUCAUUAUUCAUCUUCAAAGUAGUCGGAAAUUAUGUUACCGGGUAAAAGCAUCUCCCUUAAUAUCCAAAAUUGUAGACUUUGUACAUUUAAUUUUCAAUUAAAAUAAAUCAUUGAAUAUUGUACUAAACUAUUUUAUUUUCUCGCAAUCGUAGUGAAAAGCAGAGUGUAACACGUGGGGCUAAACCCAUUACAAACUCGGUUUCUAUUUAGGCGGCCCUCGCCUUCGUCUCGGGCCCUAAAAAUACCUCGUAUAUAAUGGGUCUUUUUAGCCCCUUGUAUAACAAUCUACUAUUUUUUGUUAAGAGUUUGUGGUAUCCUAUAAAUUAUCGUAUUAAAUAUACAUUCAGUUCAGGAAGAGAAUAUCCCCUACAACACCACAAACUUUACCUCUUUACGAUAGUAAGUAUGGAUUGUAAAAUGGUGAUAAACAAAAAAAAAUCCUGGCUGAUUCUUAGGCUUUGCUCGGACAAAGGCGCGUUUGGAACUCUCGUUCUUUAAUUUUAAGUUAUCCACUUAUCUGAUAACAAUUCUUUUUUGUAUUAUAUUUUAUUAUUAAUUAUUAUAUUUAACUUUUAGAGCUAUAAGUUUAUUUCUAUUUUAUUUAUUUCAACGUUUCAACUUCCUUGUAUAAUAAGCCUAAUUGAAAUAAAUAAACUUUAAUUAUCACCCUUAUCUAAUAACAUUACAUGACGUUUCAAAAAUGAUUGUAAAAUAAGCCUAAGUGAAAUGAAUUUGAAUUUUUUAUUCGCCUAGGUAUAGUUUCCAGACUGGUGUCCGUUGUCCUUUUAAAGAAAACAUGCUAUUGUUUCUAGCUAUAAGAUGAAACUGAUCGUCGUUACAUUCACUCCUCCGUCGAAAACAAAAGCUGUUCAGAUGUCUGGAAAUUUUUGGGAACUUUGGGUAUUGGCCGACAACGUCCAGAUGUUUCUUGCAAUCUUGAUAUCGAUGCCCUCAACAUUCAUUUUACUACUAUCUCGCUUAUAGAUCCUCAGGCAAAAUCCUGUACAUUAUCUCACUUUAGCUCUUUACCUUCUUUAAACUGUACACCUUUUAAUUUCUCCCCUAUCUCUUCGAUUGAUGUUAAAAAGCAUAUUCAGGCAAUUAAGUCAGAUGCGACUGGUCUUGAUGGUAUCAACCGGAAAAUGAUUUUAUUAGUUCUAGAUUCUGUGUUGCCAGUUCUUACUCAUAUUUUUAAUUUCUCCUUAUCUUCUGGACAAUUUCCAACAUUCUGGCGUAAAGCUCACAUUAUUCCUAUACCUAAAGUAAAAAAUCCCACUGCCUUAUCUCAGUAUCGGCCAAUAUCCAUCCUUCCAUUCUUGUCCAAAGUCCUGGAACGUAUUGUGCAUCAUCAGCUUAACCCUUUUCUAAACAAUAACCAUAUUCUUCAUCCAUUGCAAUCGGGUUUCAGACGUGGACAUAGCACUGUUACCGCUCUUGUUGAGGUUUGUGACAAUUUACGGGCUAAUAUGGAUAAUCAACUUCUGUCUGUUCUUGUUCUUUUAGAUUUUAGUAAUGCCUUUAAUACGGUUGACUUGGACAUCCUUCUUGCUAUAUUAAAAUCCCUCAAUAUGUCUCAAGUUCCAUUAAAUUGGUUCCACGGUUACAUGAAUGAACGCCAGCAGUGUGUGCUUAAUAACAAUAAGAUCUCCUCAUAUUCAUCGCUUAUAGCUGGGGUUCCUCAAGGUGGUAUUCUCUCUCCUCUUCUUUUUGCUAUUUUUAUUAUUACAGUCACUUCGUACCUUUCCUCUUCCUUUCAUCUCUAUGCAGAUGACCUACAACUAUAUGUUGCUGCUCCAGCAGUAAGUAUUUCUCACGCCAUUUCCAAGUUGAAUUUAGACUUACAACGGAUUUAUACAUGGAGUCAUUCUUAUGGAUUAUGUGUUAAUCCACUUAAGUCAAAAGUGAUAGUGAUUGGCAGCCGUAUACAGUUGGCUAAAGUAAGCAUAAACUCCUUGCCACCUGUUCGUUUUAAUAAUACAGAUUUAGAAUUUAGCACUUGUGUCAAAAACCUUGGUCUAUUUAUUGAUGAAACACUGUCUUGGUCAUCUCAAGUGGGAGAGGUAAGUCGUAAAAUUUUUGCUUCGGUUAGGUCUUUAAAUAGAUUUAAAAAUUUCCUUCCAAUUAAAACCAAAAUAUCCUUAGCUCAGUCUCUUCUUCUUCCGUUAUUGGAUUAUGCCGAUUCUUGUUACCCAGACCUAACUGAUGCACAGCUCGACAAACUCGAACGCCUUCAAAAUUUAUGCAUUCGCUAUAUAUAUGGUUUGCGUAAAUUUGAUCACAUUUCCGAGUAUCGUGCUCGUCUUAAAUGGUUACCAAUACGAUUUCGCCGUCAGUUCCAUCUUCUUUGCCUCUUGUUUUCUAUCCUUUAUAACCCUCUGUCACCUUCCUACUUGAAAGAUCGUUUCCGCUUUACAUCGGAAAUUGAUCUUCUCAAUCUACGUUCUCGAAGUGAUAACCGUUUGGUCCUACCUUGUUCUAAGACAAAGUUUUUUAGCAAGUCUUUUACUUCUGAGGCUGUCAAUUGCACCUUCCCGCUCGUUCUUCGCAAGUUCUCUUGUCAGGGGUUGCCUGGUAGAGAUUACUUAUAGUAAUAAGGCCGCCUUUGCAUGCUAAGUUUAAUUUAUGUUUUUUUUUUAAAUUUAUAAUUGUAUUUUUGUGUGCAAUAAAGUAUUUCUUCUUCUUCUGAUUUAACUGUGCUAUGAAUGUGCUGUAUAUUCUAUGUGAACCAUCGAUCUCCUAUUAAAAAGUGGAUGCACAAUCAGCGACCGAAAAACGUCCCCACUCAAUGAGUGCCAAACAAAACUUCUUGGCACUCAAUUCAGGUAGUCGUAUUUACAAAUUCAACCUUAAAGUCAAUACUUAAGGUUGAAUUUGUUCUGAAUUUGGGAUUUUAUUAAAUAAUGGUCUAUAUGUAAACGCCUUUAAUUAUAAUAUAAUAAAAGUUUUAUAUAAUUUUCAAAGCAAAAUUGACCAGUUUUUAAGUGAAAUUUUCUACAUAAUUGUGCGCCCUUUUAUUAUGAAAGGUCAUUCAUGUGAAUACAAACAAUAUCAUAAGUUUAUUUAGUCUGUAGCUUUACCACAACUUUCUCCGAACAAGCUGGCCUAUUUACUAACUUUGAUUACCUGUAGUGACUUGUGGAUAUUCCUACAUGAAUUUUACUAACUAGCUAUUACUAGUGGUUUUAAAUGACUAUUAAUUAACUUUUAAUAACUAGUGGAUAUACCUACACGAAUUUUACAAACUGGCUAUUGUUAGUGAUUCAUAAGUGACGUAAUUUCGCACUCACUAUUAAUUUAUUGCUAACUGAUAAAAAUUACUAAUCAAUGUGUUUUUCAUUAUGAUCUUCAUUAAAAAUAGGGCUUUACAAAAUACGAAGAAUGCGGUUGUUAUUGAUUUGAUGCUAAUUAUAUUAGGUGGCUAAUAGCUCAAUGUUAGUGAACCGGCAACAUGGGCCUGUAGCCAAGUUAUUUACACAUCAAUUUUGUUUCUACAAAUACUAAUGCUUUUAAGACUAAAAAAUGUGUGGGGAUUACUUUCGCUGUAGGUUUUCGACUUAUCACCAAUAUAUCUUAUCAUAACCUGACUUUUCAAAAGUGAUUGUAAUCUAAGCCUAAUUGAAAGUAAAUGAAUUUUGAAUUUGUCUUAUCGAUAUCAGAUAUAUCAUUCCCAUAGGUUUUUUAGUUUUAGCGUUAGCGUUUGUAGAGUGAGAAUCGAUGUGCAACUUGGCUAGAGGCCCUGGGUUUUUCUAUUUGAACACUUGCAUGGUAUGGUGUUUCGAUAUAAUCUGUUGGUAGUUGCUCAGGAUUUUUUUGUAUAUACUCCUACUGUUAUAAAUAGGUAUUUUUUUUUAAAUGUAUGGUAAUUAAAAACGCAUUCUCAUGUAGUCUGGCAAGGUCGUUGAGAACACUCCCAUGAUAUGCGGGCGACGGGCGGAAAGACUGCGCGGGUGUGAAUGCGUGCGGUGAAGUGCAUCAGCAUCAGUCGUGGGUUUUUCAUUCGUCGCUACACGCCCCCCGACCCGCGCGCAAAAUCGGGAGUGUUACGAACGAAGUUGCCAAGCUAUAACUUAGGGGGGGAAUAUUGUGAAAUGGUGAUAACAAGAAAAGGGCCUGGAGUUUGUCGUGGGCUUCUUCUCAAACUUGAUGCGUUUUAAAUAAUCGUACUUGUUUAUCGUUAACAGUUUUGCUUACCAUUAUCACUAUAAAAAUGUAAAAAAGUGAAGGUCUAUUUGAACAAAAAUCUUGUUAAUUUGUUAUGAAACUCAGCUAAAAUCAGCGUCGGCUCGACAUGUAUGCCCGACUAGUUUCGACCCUUAGUCAUGAGCUGAUUGUUGUGAAGCGGAUCCAAACUGUGACGCGGCGGCGCGCUUUGAGAGGGCUUGAGGGGACAUCAAAUAAAAUGAUCAAGAUUAAAAAGACCAGCUCAUGAGUAAGGGCCUCGUAUGUGUUCGAAUCUAGUCCGGCAUACUUCGACGUUGUAUGUAUGUAUACGUAAGUUUUAGCCGAGUUUCAUAAUAUGAAUAACACUCACAAAUUCACAAUAGUUUUAAUUUUAAAAAAAAUCUCGUAUAAAAAUUGUUUUAUUUUGUGUUCAUAGAAUAAUAUAACAAAAACUUAAUUUAAUAUAUUAAAUUUUAAAAGACUAUAAAGAAAACUAUUUUUGGUUUAUUCUUCUCUUAUUUUUGAUUGUAAAAGGAGUUGGUGCAUUUCAUAGCCAGGUAUUUGCAAAAUAGUUGACUCAGCCAACGCAUGAUAUGAUGUAUCUCACAAAUAAUAUAAUAUGUAUAUUAUAUUCAAUAAGAUUGUUUAGAGCGAUUUCCAAGUUAAUCUAUUUUAUUUAAUAGUAUAAAAGAUAAUUUUACUUAUUACCUAUUAUAUAUCUCUUUUACAAUAAAAGCAAGGCCUAGGGUUCAACAUUAUUGGACCUACUCCUUUAUAAUUUAACCCCCAAGAAUAAAGUGGAUGCUAUUAGAAUGUCGACAAAAAUAACUAGUUAACUACCAUGAAUUGUGAAAUAAAUACAUAUGUACAUUA